AUGGCGGAGCUGCAGGAUUUGUUUGGGACCGACAGUGAAGGCGAAAAAAACGGUAAGGCAAUGAAUGGAGAUGAAAAUGUCAUGCUGGUGGCGUCUAUUAAUAUCGGACGUAUCAGACCAACUAGAACUGCAGGUGCCACACAUGAAGACUUGUUCGGAGAUGCUGGCGACAUCAGUUCAGAAAGUGAUGAUGAAAAAUCCAUGGCAACGACAGAGAAAACAAAUGACAUACAGAUGGAAGGCGAUGAGCAAGGUGAUGACGAACCAGAAGAAGUGCCACUAACCAAAAUUGAAGUAGAAAUUCCAAAAAUUACACCAAAUUUAGGUAGUGAAGUUCAUUUUGCAAAGCUUCCAAAUUUUCUUAGUGUGGAAACGCGUCCUUUUGAUGCUGCAACAUAUGAAGAUGAGAUUGAAGAAGAGAGGUUUUAGAUGAAGAGGGAAGAACUCGAUU